AUGAGAUCCUACCCUCGACGUAUCUCCCUCCAACAUGCCGCCCGCCAUAUACAUAGCAGCUUAGUACCGCUGCCGCUGCUGCCCUGGCGGCCGCCGGCGAGGUGCUUCCACCAGACGGCGCCCGUCUGCCUACCUCGAAAACGAAGCUUUUUCACUUCCAAUCCCUACCUCUCCCCGGCCGGCGACGAGUCCAAGCCCGCAUUAUCCUCCCCGUCUUCUCCGGUCACCGCCACCACCACCGGUGCCGACCCCUCGACGACGACGACAACGACGCCCACGAAACGAAAGCCCACCCGCGCCGCAACUACCAAGAACUCGCUCCGUCGCGUCGCCAUCAUCGCGCAGCAACCAAAGCGCGGCGCCGCCGCCGACACGCCCGGCAGCAAGCCUCCUCCCAGCUCUGCCGCUGCCGCCGCCGUCGAGCGCGACCCGUCCACUGUCGUCAGCGCUGUCUGCCUCGCCGAGGGCUUCCACAUGCCUACGGUCGUCGAGAUACUCUCCUCGCAAGGGUUCGCGACCGACCCUGACGGCACCGGCUUCGACGCCGGGGAGGUGGUGCACGCGCGACGGACCGCCGCCAAUGGCGACGGCGGCGACGUCUUCGUCUUCCCGUCCGGCACGCUCGUGACGUGGGCGCUACCCCCCGACGCCGUCGCACGCCAGCUGCUCCCCGCCGCCGAGGACCCGCACCCACUCGCGCUGCGCGAGGCCGAGGGCCUCGACUUCAUCUACGACCCCCAGCGCGACGCCAGCUCCGUCCGUGGCGACGUCGUCGUUCUCGGCACGCGCCACGGCGACCGCCUCGACACCACGCUCGCCAAGGUCGCCUUCUCCUCCGGCCUCGCGCGCAGCACCAAGCUCGCCGUCCUCGAGGCCUCCCUCGCCUCCUACUUCGAGUCCACGCGGCACGUGCCCGACCUCCUCGCCCGCGGCGGCGGCCCGCCGCUCAGCCGCCGCUUUGUCCUCGGCCGCACCGGCGAGCUGCUCGGCCUCCGCGCCCGCCUCAACCACUACUCGGAGCUCACCGACGCCCUGCCGGACCUCUUCUGGGACAGCCGGUCGGAGCUCGGCCUCGACGGGUACUACGAGCAGGUCGGCCGCGCCCUCGACGUCGGCGUGCGCAUCCGCGCGCUCAACCAGAAGAUGGACUACGCGCAGGAGAUCGCGGCGGUGCUGCGCGAGGUCGCGAGCGAGCGCCACGGCACCCGCCUCGAGUGGAUCAUCAUCGUCCUCAUCGCCGUCGAGGUCGUCUUCGAGCUCCGACGCAUCGUCCUCGAGUGGAGGCAGGAGAGGGAGGAGGGCGCAGCGGAGGCAGCUCCGGCGUGA